UGAAACCAGACUACAGUCAAGGCCGCGCCUCUUGUUGCAACGUACCACACCAGCAACAACUCACAAACGCCAAUAUGCAUUGAGCAGCUGUGGACCGGAGAGAAUCUGUGUUUUCCCUGUUUGUUUCCACCGUCCACACAGCCAGUGAGGACAGUCCCCAUUCAACCAGCUGCAGGGAGUCAGCUUCUGUCUCUGACUCAUUCACACAAACAAUUAUCUUAAAACUGAAAACAAUGGAGCAAGAACCGAAUCACGUCAGAGCAACUUCCAAGACUGACAAAAAAGAGAAGAAACUUCUGCACACUCUGCUUCCCCUGGUGACAGCAGCGUGUGGGAUCCUCUGCGUCGUCCUGGUGUCGGUCGCCAUCGCCCUCAGAAUGACAUCACUCACGUCAGAGCAGCACAUGCAAAAUGCAGCAGCUCAGAAUCUGCAGCUGCAGAAGGAGAAGGACGACUUGGAGAGACGGAGCGAGGAGCUGAGCAGAGAGAGAGACGGACUCAACUGGACCAUGGGGGUCAUCCUCCAGUACGAAACCUUUCCAGUGGCAACCCACUGCCCAGGGAAAGUGUGUAGAACUUGUCUGGGCGGCUGGAUUCCUUUUCAAUGGAGCUGCUACUUUUUUGUCCAAUCUGAUAAUCAACAACAAGGGAAGACGUGGCCGAACAGUCGUAAGUUCUGCAAAGACAAGGAGGCAGAUCUGGUGGUGAUUGAAAGCUUGGAGGAACAGGAAUUCAUCAACAACCACACUAUGGCCUAUAAUGAGGAAAAUCACGCCUAUUGGAUUGGAUUGAGCAACAAGAACGACGCGAGCAAAUGGAUGUGGGUGGAUGGAACCAACGUCACUUUUCAGUACUGGACAGAAGGAACAAGCUUCUUGGACAGAGUGUCUUGUGCUCUAAGUUUACCUCGUGCCGAUAAGCUGGCCAACUGGAACAAGUCGUGGUGCAGCGUGCGGAAACGCUGGAUCUGUGAAACAAGAGCCUUAAACAAACCGGAUUAGGAAGCAGUUUUCAGUAAAAUAGGUUUUUUAACUUGUGACAAAUAAAACUGAAAGCCCUCUCUUUGUUUGUCUUCAUGAGUCGUGUAUGUUUUUCAUGAUGUUGUAAAAAUAUAAAGCCGCAAGAAACUUUA